GGGGUAACCAAAAUUUCUCUUUUCAAAGUAUUGCUCACUCUACUGCGAAACGCGGUUUUGGACCCCAAUCCCAUUCCUAUAUAAGUACCCAUCUUUCCUUGCAAAUUAAAACAUAAACACAUUCCCAUGGCUACUCACAGAGUUGCUAGUUUCGUUUUCUUUGUGUUAUUAGGUUUAAAUAUAUCUUCUGCUACCAGAGUCCUCCUCUCUCAUGAUGAAGAAGUUACUCACUCACUGAAAACGGGCUAUGUUGCUGGACAUGGCGUUGGAGCCGGUGUUGGCGUUGGUGUUGGUGUUGGUGGGGGACAUGGUGGUGGAGGGGGCUCUGGGGGUGGUGGUGGAUAUGGAACUGUAGGAGAAGGUGGAUAUGGAGGAGGUGCUGGUUCUGGAGAAGGUGGUGGUGCUGGAUAUGGAGGUGCUGCUGGACAUGGUGGUGGAGGUGGCAGUGGUGGUGGCGGUGGUGCUGGUGGGGGAGCUGCUGGAUAUGGAGGUGGGGCUGGUGAAGGUGGUGGCGCUGGAUAUGGUGCUGGUGGAGGAAAGGGUGCUGGAGGUGGUGCUGGUGGAGGUGGUGGAAGUGGUGGUGGGGGAGGUGCUGGUGGAGGUGGUGCUGGAUAUGGAGGUGGAUCCGGAGGUGGAUAUGGAGGUGGUGGUGCGGGUGGCGCUGGAGGAGGUGGUGGGAGUGGUGGAGGAGGGGGUGGUGGUUCUGGUGCUGGGGGAGCACAUGGGGGUGGUUAUGGAAGUGGUGGAGGAGAAGGAGGGGGUUACGGUGGGGGAGCUGGAGGUGCUGGAGGAGGUGGUGGCGGAGGCUCAGGUGGCGGUGGUGGAUAUGGCGCAGGAGGUGCACAUGGAGGUGGCUAUGGGGCUGGGGGUGGAAGUGGUGAAGGUGGCGGCCAUGGUGGCGGCGGCUAUGCCCCUUAAAGUUGAGGAAACCUUAACCUCAUUACACUUCUACAACACCUUAAGCCAUAGUAUCUUACUUUAAUAAUAUAAAAAAUAAGGUUGAAUUUGGUUAAGAAAAAAGGGAUAUGAAUGUGCGUGUACCGCAAGAAACUAUAUUUAUAUAUACAUGAAUGCCAGUUUGAAUGAAGUAAAGUUUUAUUAUAUGAUUUA